GCAGCAGGAAGAUUAAGAGCGAACUACAGAACUGGUAGAAAGUUUGGCUGUAGUUGUUCCUGAGUAGUUGUCUUUUCUAGGAAACCGAGCAUUGGAGGCUCACGUCUUUGCACAAUGACUCAUUCCUCUCAGGAUGCUGGGUCUCAUGGCAUCCAGGAAGAAGGAAGACUCUACGUUGUGGAUUCCAUAAAUGACUUAAACAAACUCAGUCUCUGCCCGAUGGAAUCACAACAUCUAUUCUCUUUAGAGGACAAAAUCCCCAAUGCUGGCACAGCCCCAGGAAAUGGAAGGCGGGGGCUGUUUUUUGUGGGGCUGCUCCUGGUGUUGACGGUCAGCCUGGCUCUGGUCUUCUUCGCCAUCUUUCUAAUAAUUCAAACAGGAAACCAGAUGGAGGACGUGUCAAGAAGGCUGACAGCUGAGGGAAAGGACAUAGAUGAUCUUAAGAAAAUCAACAACAUGAUUGUAAAGCGGCUCAACCAGCUGGACUCUGAACAGAACUGAAAGGAUUUCCCCCCAAGAGUGGUCGUGGGUGCUGGAGCUUCCCACUUGCUGGAAGUACACUAGGUUAAGGACUGAGAAAGUGCACAUACUAUCCAUUAUACCUCUUGGUUCAAGGAUGGAGAUAAUGCCCAGGCAAGGAGUUUAAAGAUGGCAACUGAAAGGGGUGAACUUGAUUCAGCCUUAUUGACUGCUAGCCGGCUGCUUCUGCUUUGGUGGGGUUAGAGUGGUGGGUGGCUAGCAUGGAGAAGAGAACUUAGCUCUUUACAUUGGAUUCCUUUUUGGAAAUAUGCUUGGUUUAGAAGACUUUGAAUGUUCUAGGGAGGUCUCUGAUGCCUCACGUACCUGUACAGAUUCCGGCACAAGCUUAAGGAAUCCACCGAACUGUCUCUGUGUUGAGGGGAACCGGGUGCUCAUGCUUUUCAGUAGCGUACAUUCUUCUUUUUGGGUGACACACUUUGACAACAGCUUCUGAGCGCUCUUCCUUCGGUGAUCGCUGGAGAAAACAUGGGGAGCAUGAUGUACGUGUGGUGAAGCUGAGGGACAAGACAAGCCUGCUGUAUUCUACUACUGUUUCCUGAGCCCCUGCUUUGUGAAAAUCAUCUGACUCUAGAGUUCCUACCAUACACAUGUGCAACGAGGGAAUUAUGUCUAUUUAUAUAUAAUUUAUAAACCCUGCUAGCUUCGUCAUGCAAAAUAAGACAAAACAAACACC